AUGAGAUGUGGUGUACAAGUACAAGCUACAGGCACUCUCUCAUCCUCACUCACUACCUUUCUCCUCUCCUUCCUCUCCCCUUCCUUCUUCCCUCCAUCUCCUCCUCCCCUUUCUUCCCUUCUCUUCCUUCUCCUUUUUCCUGCUCCUUCCUUCCCUUCUCCCCUCCCUCCCUUCUCUCCUUCCCUCCAUUGCUCUCUCCUUCCUCCUUCUCUUCCUUCCUUCCUCCCCUCCCCUUCUCUUCCUUCUCCUUUUUCCUUCUCUUUUUCCUCCCUCCCUCUCCUGCUCCUUCCUUCCCUUCUCCCCUCCCUCCCUCCCUUCUCUCCUUCCUUCCUCCUUACCUCCCUGUUGCUCUUUCCUUCCUCAUUUCUCCUUCUCAUCCAUCCUUCCCCUCCCCCCUCUCCUUUAUUCCGUCUUCUCCUUUCUCCCUUCUCCUCCCCUUCCUUCUCCUCCUUUUCCUUGUGUAGCAGUGGAAAUGUUGGGUUUAAUUGUGGUCAUAAGUCAAGAACUCCUCUGCUGCCACCCCCCCACCGUCCUUUCUUCUCUUCCUUCUUCCUUCCCUUUCCUUCUCUCUUUCCUUCCUUCCUUCCUUCCUCCCUUCCUUUCCUUCUCUCCCUUCCCUUCUCUUUUCCUUUCGUUUCUUUCUCUUCCCUCCCUUCCCUUCUCCUUUCCUUUCCUUCUCUUCCCUUGCUUUCCCUCUUCCUUUCCUUUUCCUUUCCUUCCCUCUUCCUUUCCUUCCCUCUUUUCCUUUCCUUUCCUUCUCUCCCUUCCCUUUUCCUUUCCUUUCCUUCUCUUCCCUUGCCUUCCCUCUUCCUUUCCUUUCCUUUCCUUCCCUCUUCCUUUCCUUUCCUUUCCUUCCUUCCCUCCCCUUUUCCUUUCCUUCCUUCCCUUCCCUCUUCCUUUCCUUUCCUUUCCUUUCCUCCCCUCCUUCUCUCCUCCUUUCCUUUCCUUCCCAUUCCCUUUCUUUCUUUCCUUUCCUUCCCUCUUUUCCUUGCCUUCCCUUGCCUUCCCUCUUCCUUUCCUUUCCUCUCCUCCUCUCCCCUCCCCUCCCCUCCUCCUCUCCUUUCCUUUCCUUUCCUUCCCAUUCCAUUUCUUUCUUUUCCUUCCUUUCCCUUUCCUCUCUUUUAUUUUUUCUUCUCCUCCUCCCUCCCUCCCCUCCUUCUCUUCCUGCCUUCUGCUCUGAAGACCAUCUGCCGCGAGGCCUGUGGGCUUCCUUGGCCAGUUAUUGGACAACAGGAUAACAAACUGCUGGAGGAGACAGGCCAGGGAUCUAAUCCGACCAAGCGGGCACAACUUCUGUUGUUCUUAAAAUUGCUGUUUUUGUGCUAA